UCGCAACAUCAGAACAUCGCAUGAUCGUAGACAUUAAUAUCAGUAUAUCAGUAUCAGUUUCUCAGUACUUACACACAGGUGCAUAACGCGUCGGUUGUGUUCACAUCGGUGACGAUUAUCGGGCGUAAUAGGUGCGAUAACGGGGCACCUCCUCUGUCGGGAGUACUGUCGUGGAUCAUCGUGAUUGCGAAAAAUGCGACAGCCGCGCGUAUGAGCGAAUCCCUAGGUAAAAGAAAAAAAAGAGAGAGAGAGAGAGAGAGAAAAAAAGGAAAAAUCGACGCGUUUCCGUGCGCGGACAUUGUGCACGGUCUCUCGUAACAUAAGUGAAUAACAAGUUACAUCACAGUCUUUGAACAGUGUAAGUGCAAAACAGUCAUGGAAUCAUCAGAUAGAAAGAAUGUAUACCUUACAAAGGCUGGUGACAAUUCCUUGAAUUCUGGAAUGAGAGAAACUAUGAUUGUUGGCCAGACUAAUAUGGUACCAGAGUGUGGUGCAGAAGGUGUAAUGAAACCCAACAAUGUGUCCAAUGUUUCCACUAAUCAGACAAAGUGGACUAAUGGUGGCUCUAAAAAUUAUAUCACAAUACCAGUGAAGAACGAGGUUGUACAUCUUGAAGAUGGUAGUGCACAUUGCAACAACAAGAAAAUGUAUUUUUAUGAUAGACACUACACUGGGCAUGAGGAACCAGAGAGAACCACACGCAGAGGAACAAAGAGAUACAGAGAUAAGGAUGCACCAAAACGGGCAUUAUCUGCAUUUUUCUACUUCUGCCAAGAACUACGUGGCAAGAUGAGAGAAUUACAUCCCGAGAUGGGAGUAGGUGACAUUGCAAAAGAAUUAGGAAAAUUGUGGAUGAGUACGGAUUUACAGACAAAAUCUAAAUAUAUGGCUAUUGCAGAAGAAGACAGAGCUCGAUAUGAAAGAGAGAUCAUUGCGUACAACAAGAGAGUUAAAAAUUAUGAUCCGGAAGAAGUUGGGACCGUAUAAAUUAUAACAUGGACCCACA